GUACUGAGUGGUGAUCAGUUGGGAUUUGGAAUGGACCUACCUCCAAUGCUGAGUGGUUUUAAAUAGAGUUGAAACAACAUGGAUUCUAAUUUCUCCAUAUAUACCACAUUUUUGACUAUGGAAUCAUUGGAAUUACCUCCAUCUAACAUUUUUCCAGCAUUCAUAUUUGGAACUCUCACCUAUUGCGCCAUUUUGGUUUUCAAUAUGACUGUAUGGCUCACAAUUGCUCUGAACAGGAAACUUCAUAAGCCUAUGUAUGUUCUGUUGUUUAAUAUGCCACUCAAUGAUAUGAUGGGUGCCUCAGCCUUUUUCCCUCAGCUUGUGUCUAGUAUUCUGUCACAGAAUAGAUCCAUCACUUACUCUGCUUGUUUUGUACAAGCCUUACUGACACAUUUGUAUGGAGCUGGGUCACUUCUCAUUCUCAGUGCUAUGGCUUAUGACAGAUACAUUGCCAUUUGUUGUCCAUUGAAAUAUAGCACCAUGAUGUCUCCAAACAACUUGAUGACAAUAAUAAUAAUAAUGUGGACUUUAGAUUUUACUCUGAUUGGAUUUGCACUUGCACUGAACUACCAGAAAGAGAUUUGUAGCACAAAAAUAGUUGACAUUUUCUGCAAUAAUCCCUCUUUAAUGAAGCUCAUUUGUGGGGACACAAAGUUAAAUAACUACUAUGGACUGUUUACAAUAGCUUUUAUCCAAGGUCUGUCUCUGUUGAUAGUGGUAUUCACAUACAUGCAAAUCUUAAUCACUGUUGUGGUUAAAAGACAGUCUGAUGCCAAAGGUAAAGCAAUUCAGACCUGUGGUACACACUUAAUUGUUUUCUUAUGCUUGGAGUUCAACAUAGUUUUUGCUUUGAUGGCUCACAGAUUUGAGACAGCAUCUCCAAACUUACGGAAAGCCUUGGGCGCUUCUGUGAUGAUAUUUCCUCCUAUAAUUAAUCCUCUAAUUUAUGGACUGAAAACAAAAGAAAUUCGGCAGAAUUUUAUUUUCUUUUUCCAUAAAAGGGUCUUCCCAGCAAAACAAAAAAACAAACUCGGUGGAUUGAAAAGACAACUACAGUAA